GUCCAGGGCAGCGGCUCCUGUCCGUGGUCCCUUUCCAGGAUGAACUGGGGAGGGUGGGACGCUUGCACGCACAGAGGCAGGGCUUCGAAGGAGCCGGAGGCCGCAGCAAGCCGGCUCCGCAACGGCCCGGGGCUGGGAGACAAGAAGGCGGGUGCAGAGCGCGGCCUCCCACGGCUCGGAAGCCUGGAAGCUCCGGCCAGCAAGGAGCCUGCCCGCGCGCGCGCUUUCCGGGAGGCGCAGCGGGCUCCGGGCGCGGGGCGUGGUCGGAGGCGUGGCUGGGGCGUGGCCUCGGGCGCGUGCUGCGCGGAGGGAGGGUGUCGCGCGGAGGGAAGCGGCUUGCGGCGGAGGGAGGGGAGGCCGAGUCCGGGAAGCGGAGCUCCGCGCUGGGACUGGUUCCUUCGCAGCCAUUUUCUGUCCAACCAAACAGCCGAUUGGAGACGGGAGCCAACCAGGGCUGCAUUGGAGAUGGAUGGUGACAGUUCUACGACAGAUGCUUCUCAGCUAGGGAUUUCCGCAGACUACAUUGGAGGAAGUCAUUAUGUUAUCCAGCCCCAUGAUGAUACUGAGGACAGCAUGAAUGAUCAUGAAGAUACAAAUGGUUCAAAAGAAAGUUUCAGAGAACAAGAUAUUUAUCUUCCAAUUGCAAAUGUGGCUAGGAUAAUGAAAAAUGCCAUACCUCAAACAGGAAAGAUUGCAAAAGAUGCCAAAGAAUGUGUUCAGGAAUGUGUGAGUGAGUUCAUAAGCUUUAUAACAUCUGAAGCAAGCGAGAGAUGCCACCAGGAAAAGCGGAAGACGAUCAACGGAGAGGAUAUUCUGUUUGCUAUGUCUACUCUGGGCUUUGACAGUUAUGUGGAACCUUUGAAACUCUACCUUCAGAAGUUCAGAGAGGCCAUGAAAGGAGAGAAGGGCAUUGGUGGAGCUGUUUCAGCGACAGAUGGACUGAGUGAAGAGCUUACCGAGGAGGCAUUCACUAACCAGUUACCGGCUGGCUUAAUAACUGCAGAUGGUCAACAACAAAAUGUCAUGGUUUACACAACAUCCUAUCAGCAGAUUUCUGGUGUUCAGCAAAUUCAGUUUUCAUGAUCUGAUGAAACGGAAUGGGGCUUAUGGAUAGCAAGAGUCUUUAGAGUCUGGAGCAGAGGCCCUGAAGGAGCGACUGAAGGAGGCCUCUUUGUACAUUAAGUAGCUGUCAUGUAGCUUCCUGGCGCUUGACUAAUUGAGGUGUUAAUUCUGACUUGAGAAUCUUUUUCAUGAAUGAUUUUAAAGAAAAGUUUGGAUUUUAAAGGUAUUAAAAUAUUUUUGUUUUGUACGAGAGUUUGUUGCUCUGUAUGACGCCUGUAUGCAUUGUAUAUUGCAAUUUAUUACUGUCAGAGAUUUGUAGACAGUUUCUUAUUUUCAUAUUGAAUCGUGUUACUUUUGUAAUUCAAGUAAGCAGCUGGGUUAAUUCAUGAUGUUUGCCCUUUUAAUAAAAUAUAAGGGUAGAGUUCAUUUUGAAUGAAAGUUGCCUUUAUUAUAAAUUUGAGUUUGUCUUGGCUAUAUACGAUCUUGCAUGAUAACCUAGCUAGAUUUUUAGCAUUUACUGUAUUUAUUGAAAUUAAUUUUUUUGGUAAAACAUUUAUAGCUUAAGCAGCAUUGUUUUUUUUAAUAUGUAGUUGAGUAAUUAAGUUUGAAUGCGGAAGCAAGUAUUGUCUGCCCGAUUAAGCCUGGUGCCCGUUCACAGUGUCCACACUGUUCAUCGUGCCUGCUCAUGUCUUGGUUACCUGAGUUAUAAGUGUUGGAAUUCGUUUCCGUUUACUGUAGUCCUAGUGCUCCUGGAACCAUGUCCCUUGUUUGAUACUUGGCUAUUUUUCAGAGUGUAUCUUCAGGUUUUACAGUACCCUCGUCCAGAAGAGAAUUUUUUAGUCCAAUGAUAAAUGUCCUCAUUUAAUUUUCUAACUGAAAUGUCAUAUUUCCUAUACUGUGGGAACUAAGAAACAUUGGAUGUGAUUAUGUUUCUGAGUUGUGAUCAGACCUAGACCUCACCACAAGGCUUAGCUGGAAGCAACACACGACCUUCUGCACAAAUGAGUGAACAAACAGGAAAGCAGUGAGGGCUGAAAUGAUGUGAAAUAGGAGCCACCACCUUCUGGUCUGCUGUCCUGGUCUCUGCAAUAAACUAACAUUAGAUAAUGUGACUUUGUAUAAUUUAGUAGUGUGUGCUUGGGUUGUUCCUUUUUUAUGUGAGGGUUAUAUUUUCUCAUCUGUACUUUUUAGUGAUAAUUAACUUCAUUGGGGGUGGGUGGUUGUUUUAGCACUGUCAAAAAAUGGCUAUUGUAUAGUUUGCCUAGAAGGAAAUUUGAAGAUACCUGUAGGACUCUCAGAGGUACAAGGUAGAACAAUUUUCCUGGAACAGGCUGAGCAGAAACAUCUGCUUUGCCAGAGGAGCCUUCGGGAGCAUUUAUUCAGAUGUUAUAAAUAACUCCCUCCUCUCCUGCCCCCCUUUUCAAAAAUAAUCUAUAUUAUAGAAAAUGCACAUAGGAAGGAGAGGGUGGUUAAGCAAAAUCAACAGUCAUCCUACUAUGUUGAAAUAACAAUGUUAAUAUUUUGAUAAAUAUCAUUUGUCCUUUUACUUUGCUAAAUAUGUAUAUUUUUAUAAAAAUGGUCUCAUAUUGUGCAUACUGUUUGUAACCUGCUUUUUUCACUUAACAAUAUAUUGUGAACAUCUUUCCCGGGUCCUGCAUGGUCUUCUGUAUCAUUUUACUGGUUUAUAUUCUGUUAUAUGACUGCAUUAUGAUUUGUUUAAUCAUCUCUUGGAUAUUUUGACUACAUCUUUUCACAGUUAUAAACACUUCACAAACUCGUGUA